GGCCUCGGCCUGCCCGUCGCUGCCGGCGGCGCGGUUGUCUUGCGUCUCUUGUGCUCCUCUUCCCUUUUAGCCCCUGCGCGGCUCGACGGGAGCAAUGCCCCGUUAUUGCGCCGCGUUUAGCUGUAAGAAUCGCCGAGGACGAAACAAUAAAGACCGGAAACUGAGUUUCUACCCGUUUCCUCUCCAUGACAAAGAGAGACUUGAAAAAUGGUUGCGGAAUAUGAAACGUGAUACAUGGGUUCCCAGUAAAUACCAGUUCCUGUGCAGUGACCAUUUUACUCCUGACUCUCUUGACAUCAGAUGGGGCAUUCGAUAUUUAAAACAUACUGCUGUACCAACUAUUUUUUCUUUACCUGAGGACAGUCAGGAAAAAGACCAUGCAAAAAAUAAGCCUCAGAAAAAAAAAGCAGAAGAUGAGAAAGAAAUAUGCCUAAUGGUAAAGUCAGAAGAAUUAUCUGCACAAAUGGAACCAAAGAAAAAUAUAGUAAGCGCAGAAAAAUUUGAUGAAAGUACAAAUUUACUUUAUUCAUCUUCUUUGAGUGAACCACUCCAAAAGGAUAAGCCACCAGUUUCUAGUAUGGAAAAUCCCCAUAAUGGCACAUUAACUAUAAACUCUUCAAUUCCACAACAUAUUGGAAAGCCAAAACCUGUUUUAGAAACAGCAGUUGUCCAGGAUAUAGAAGUUAGUAGCUUUCAUACAUCUCUUGAAAACCUCUUAAAUACUACAGCAGCUACUUUGAAUGUCUCUAAACCAGAGCAUGUGCAACUCUCUGUGGAACCCAGUAAUGUAGUUGAAACAGCUAUAGACCAUCUCUCUAAUCCAGAUAUCACAGAUAUUUCUGUGACAACACAGGAAAAUACUGUCUUACUAAGUACAAUUACUCAGACAAUUGAAGAGCUGAACACAGACGAAGAAUCAGUUAUUACCAUUCUAGUGCCUGCUGAAAGCUCUAAGCCAUCAACCAGUUCAUUCAUGCCAACAGAACAAGAGAGCAUUGACGUAGAAGAUGUAGAUAUUGAAGAUUCCUUAUACGAUGACACAGACUAUGGAAUUGAAAUACUACAAACUGAGCAUUCUUAUUGCAGGCAAGAUAUUAACAGGGAACUUCUUUGGCAAAAAGUUACUAAACUACAUUCAAAGAUAACUCUUCUUGAACUACAAGAGCAACAAACUCUAGGAAGACUCAAAUCUCUGGAAACUCUUAUAGGACAGCUAAAACAAGAAAACUUGCUAUCUGAAGAAAAACUCAAGAUUGUAGAAAACUGUUUCACAACAUUUGAAGUUACUAUGAUAGAAUAAAAACUUUUUAGAAGCCAUGAUUUUAUAAGAUUAUUACAAACUCUUUGAUUAUCUCUGGGUUAUUUACAAAGUGAUCUAUUUUCCAGCAUGAAUCUCAUAUUCUUAAUGACAUUUAUGAAAAUACAAUGUCAUAGAAGACCUCUUGUUUUCACAAAAUCCAGAAUUAGGAUAUUGCCCUUUAAAGUGAUUAGCUAAGAAGCAGAAUGAGCGAAACUGAAAAAAAAAAAAUUUAAAUAUUUGUAUUUUAGCCCAAGAAAGCACUUGUGACAAAUUCUAUCAUUUUAUUCUAAUACUUCAUAUUGAUAUUAACAUAGUGGAGGGGCAACAUCUUAUGGUACCUAUAUAAUAAUGAAUUUAUUGUAAAAUACGGCUGAAUCCUAAAGAUUGGGCUCCUAUUCUGUGAAGUGAGAAGAUGGGAGUGAGUAAACCUGUGAUGUCAUACAGCUUUCUAUUGGCUAGCUGUGUAAAGUUGAGAAACUCACACCUAUGUUUCAGGUUUUUUCAUCUGUAAAAUAAGGGAAUUAGAUCAGGAGAUCUUGUCAGCUCUAAAAUUCUGUUUCUGUGAGACCUUUCCCUACUUAACAGCAUUAUAAACAGAGAUCUAUUUCAAAGAUGUUUUAUAAUGUGUCUUGAUUAUAGUUAUUGCUUAUGUUGUCUGGAUAGCCUAAAUAUUCAGUUCUAUAAGAAUUCCUGUGUGGUUUGACCUUUCAACUGCAAUUCAUUUCUAUAAUAAAGUGUGCCCCAGGA